CCAAAAGUCAAACUCCACAAAUUAUAAUAUCCCCUUUGUAAUGGUUCGUACUAUGUGCUCAUUUUUCAAAAGAAAGGAAAUAAAGAUGGAGAAAAGCAAGUUUCUAACAAGUCUAGUUCUAGUACUUGUGUUGUCAUAUGUGAAUGCAACAAUAUCAGGGCCUAAAUGGCCUAAAACGAGCAAGCAUUUCGUGCUAGUUCACGGGGCUUGCCAUGGAGCCUGGUCUUGGUACAAGAUUAUGGCGUCGUUAAAAACUUCAGGACAUAAUGUAACAGCUCUGGACUUAGGUGCUUCAGGGGUCAACCCGAAGCAGGUCCUUGAAAUCCCACAUUUAUCGGAUUAUUUUAGUCCGCUAAUGGAGUUCAUGGCUUCUCUUCCCGCAGAUGAAAAAGUAAUUCUUGUCGGUCAUAGCCUUGGUGGAUUUGCCAUUUCUAAAGCCAUGGAAAAUUUUCCAGAAAAGAUUUCAGUUGCUGUAUUUGUCACUGCUCUAAUGCCUGGUCCAACUCUCAAUGCAACCACCAUCUUUACUGAGUCAUCCAAGGCAGCAAUAUCUGCACUUGAUAAUCGUGUUACAUUCGAUAAUGGACCUAUGAAUCCUCCAACCACCUUCAGCUUUGGUCCGAAGUACUUGGCGAGUUAUCUUUAUCCCCUGAGCCCAAUUCAGGACUGGGCACUGGCUACUACAGUAGUAAGGCCAUUAUAUUUAUACAGUUCGGAUGACAUAUCAAAGGAGAUAGUUCUUUCAAGCAAAAAGUAUGGAUCAGUUAAGCGAGUGUUCAUUGUUUCUGCUGAAGAUAAAGUUCUAACGAAAGAAUUUCAACAGUUGAUGAUUGAAAAGAAUCCACCAGAUGAAGUGGAAGAGAUUUCAGGCUCUGAUCACAUGGCUAUGAUGUCUAAGCCCCUUCAACUUUUUACUCUUCUUAUGCGUAUCGCCAACAAAUGACAAGCUACCUUGAUUACAUCUUCAUGAAUAAUGCAUAAUUGAAAUAAAAUCAGAUUACCCUUGUUCUCACGUGUUAAAAUGAUGAAUCAGUCUUUUGCUCAUUGUGUAAAGAUUGUGGACACUGUUGUACAUAAGCAAGUUCUUAAUUCUUGGGCUUA